AUGUAUGUGACCCAAUGUGUGCAGACGCUCCAGUCAGUUUUGACUUCGUCACCAAAGAAUGCAGCCCAUGUUCAAGUACCUUUGCCCCACGCACAGACAAAUGCGAAGGCCGUGGUGAAGCACCGCCGGCUGCUGGAGGACCAGCUCAUGAAUGCAUCGCUGGAUGUGUUGUGGCCUGUCACUUUGUCCUUCGACAAAUCCCAGUUGUCAGCGGGAGACAAACGUGCGCCAUGGCAUCCUUGCUUGUUUGUCACCGCAAGCUGUCAUGAAACGUCUCCAUGGCAAGACAGUCACGCUGCCCAGACUCGAACAAUUGGUCCAUGUCCCCUGAUCCGGGUGGCUGACAUGCUGGGCUUUGAUGAAACUAUGCGCCCAGGUGCCUCUGCUCGUACCGGUGUUCCAGCACAUGCGGCCAUUCUUACUUCCUACCUUCGUGGGCUCAGCUUUGGCGAUGGGGAUGUAGUUGUGGUGGCUGAUGUGCUUCCCAACAGGCAUGCUGAAUUUGGAAGAGCAGCGUUGGAAAGGAUGCUAGAUGGGAGCAGAGCCACACCUCAGAUGUACUACGUUGGCUGCUUGAGGCCUGAUCAGGGCGACGUGAAGAUUGCCAUGGAGAAGGUGGUUUACGAUGACUGGGACCGUUCGCCAACGGCCCCGGCCAGAUCAAGACCAGUGGAGCCACAGCCUGAUCCGAACCUGCUGCUGUUGACUUGGUCCAACAAUUCAGCUUCCUUUCCGGAUUCUGUUCUCCAGAAAUUUCCUGAAGGGACGACGGCCCGUGCAGAGAUUCUGGAGCUCAAGCGGGCCUUUAUCGAGGAGAGGGCCACGGGCCGGCCUGACUUCAGCAUCGAUGGGGGCGCAAAACCGCUUGACCUCGCCAGAGAUUUGAAUCUUCCACUGGUUGCGAGCAGUGACUUUUCUGUGCAGAGGAAGGGCUAUUGUGCCAGCAGCCGCAACAAGCCUGCUGUGGUGAUCGGGGAGGACUACUCUAUGUGGAUCGGGAAUGAAACCACUAAGUGGAUCGGGAAUGAAACCACUGAGGAGCUGAAGCUGGAAUGUAGCGAGAUUUGCGGUUUCAACCUUGGUGCCUAUGAGGAGAAAGCUGUCACAGGUUUGGGUGAGUCGGAGCUCUCGGGCAUUUGCUUUCGCUUCCCGAAUGAUUUGGCAUUGGUUUCGCACGAGAGGAAGUGCAUGAGCUUGGCUGAGUAUAGCCACAUUUGCUGCACAGUUCAUGGGGUCGCAAGUUUUGAGCUGGCGAACCAUUUGAUUGUGCAAAAGCAGUACCCGCCUGCGGAGCAGGGACAAGAAGGAUUGCCCGUGCCGUAUAGAUUCCAGGUCAGCCCGGCUGCAAAUGGCAAGUGCAACGUGUUCAAGCCGAAUGUGAUCUCGAGCGACAGUGGUGCCGUCAGGCAUGCAACCAUUGGCGCUUUGUAUGUUGGGCACAUGGACAAGCUUCCGAAGACACAGUCUGCAUGCACCGUUUGGGAGGCGUGA